UUCAGAUUUUAAGGCAGCACACCACGACGCCCUACACAACAUCAGUCGACUGCCCAUUAUGAAGGACCUGGUCGGGACUAUUCGGGGCCUCUUCCGCCUCUGGCGCACCUACAAACUCGACAUCAACAAACUUAUUCAGGGGGAUAUUCUCGGGUACAGAGGAAGAGCGCUGAAUCACAAAGAUGUAAUCAGAUUGAUUGGGUACGCUGCUGAGCACGCGGAGUUUUACUACGAAGAGAUUGUACUUCGAACUAAGCUGGCGGAGAGUGUGAAAGGCACUCAGUUUUACUAUGGUGUGGUGUACGAUCUGGCCUCUGCCUAUUACAGACAUGGCUUUAUCUACAUUGCAAAGACCAUCUUGGAGUCACUUCUGCCCUUAGGCGAUAAGAGAGUAAACGAGUCUUACAACCAGUGUCUGCAACACCCGGAAGUCAAUGUUACCCAAGAACUAUCUCCACCAUCUUCUGAACAUCCCGUGUACGACGCGCUAUGUCGUGGGGAAAUCAAGACUCCUCGAGAAUCCUCCAAACUGAGAUGUAAAUAUAGAAAAACUCGAAUUCCUAUAUACUGGUCCAAAGAGGAAGAAUUUCACCUUGAUCCCAGAAUUUCAUUGUAUCAUGACGUCAUUUCCGAUAGAGAGAUAGAAAUGGUCCUUAGAAGUACGGCUGAUUUGGUGACGAGAACAGAUCUCUCAGAGUCAGGCAAAGGGAAAGAUGAGGACGUUUUAGCAAGCUCUUGGUUAUCAGAACUGAAGACAAACUUUGUGAUUCCGCUGACGAGAAGAAUAGAGAUCAUCACGGGACUGUCGACCUACGUGUCAAAAUCUUACUCAGAUUCAGAAAACUACGAGAUCACCAAUUUCGGCGUCGGAGGAAUGCGAAAACCACACGUCGAUUUCUUGAACAUUUCUUUAGGAGAAUACCAGAGGAACAUAGAGAGGAGUAUACGGAUGUCUGGGGAUCGAGUCGCUACCUGGAUGUUUUAUCUGUCAGAUGUCGAGAAGGGAGGGUCGACGGUGUUUCCUGAGGUUAAAACCAGGGUACCAGUAGUCAAGGGAGCAGCUUUGUUUUGGUACAACAUGAAGAGAAACAACGAUAAAGAUCAAAGAAGCCUGAACGCUGAAUGUCCCGUGCUACACGGAUCCAAAUUCGUCUGCAAAAAGUGGAUUUUAGAGGCAGGGCAAGCGUUCAGGAGAAAAUGUGGUUUGUCUCCGGAUUCGUUGGACAACUAAGAAUCAAGAGACAUAGGAGUUGCUCCCCUUUGAGAUUGAAUAGCUCAGCAAGCAGUGUAAAUAAAAACACUAGGAAAUUGACUAAUGAAAUUUUAUUACAAUAUAUAUUCCUACAUGGUGCACACUGAUUUGGUAUAAAAGUAAUUAGUAGGAUACAUAGUAUUGAAGGCAUUAAAUACUACGUGUAAUUGUGGUCGUUGUACAACGAGAUCUUGAUAUGUAAAUACAUAUAUAAAAAUACCUUGAGAUUUAAUAGUGUUUUAGAUACAAUUCACAAGUAUAUUUUCUUCGUAGCAAUAAGCAUUAAUCCAAAAAUAUUGAAACCGGUUUUCCAAAAAAAUAAAAAAGAGGGAAUAAAUUGUGCUGAAUGCUCCUCUUUUAAAAUAAAACUACAACGGAAAAUUAAUAGAUAUUUCACAACCUUUCUACAUUGUAUAAUUUACAUAUAAGAGAUUGUUAAAUCAAGUAUUCACAUUAUAACAAGACAAAUUAAAGUAUAAUUGAUAUAUAAUAUUUCAAAUUGUAAUUUGAAAAAAAAAACUCAAUCAAUAUUUUAAUAAUUAUCAUUAUGAUCACAUAACAUUUAUAUAAAAAUCAAGUUGAAUGUAGAUAUAGAAUUCUUGUAAACAAUAUGAAAUGAUAAAGCUGUACAAUCACUAACAACAAUCAAAAUUUGAUUAUGAUAUCAAUUUCUAUAAAGUUGCAUAAAGAAUGAAAAAUAAAUACUUUGGGAAAAAGCAAAACCUUGAAAAACUCAAAACACAACUUAAUUUGAAAAUGGCUUCAGAAUCUUUGGUCCAACACAACACAAGAGUAAAAACAGAGGUACCAAGGACUGUCUUCUGUGCUCUGCUAAUAAAGUGAGGCAAUGCAUUUAGAGGUUGAUUCAAACAAGCUUAAAUGGUCCUUAAGUAAUUUGAUGAUAGUUGGCCAAUAAUUCCAAUACAGAGCGUUAAUAAUGAAUCCCCCCCCCCCCCUAAAAAAAAAACAAAAAACCCAACCAACAUUCUUCAGGUUCAAACUGGUUUUAGCUGCAUAACUGUAUUUUGGGACAGACUAUAGUUACAUGUAUCUUUAAAGCCCAUUUUACAUAAGGUCUUAUUAUCCAAGAUUUAAAGAAAUACAUACUUUUUUUGCAGUAAAUUUCAUGUAAUUCAUGACAACUCAAAAGAAAAUAAACUUGAAUAAGAAAAUGUAACCAUAUUUUCACAAAUCUUCAACACAAAAUAAAAAAUAUCAUAACAGGUUAAAGAUAUUGGCUUUAGUCAUCGACCUCUCGUAAAUUGAUAAACUGGUUUAUCCAAAUUUUCCAGCAGAGAACUAGUUUAAUUGGUCAGUGACAAAUGAUUGUUAAUGAGUGAUGAAGCUAUCGAUCAUUAUUGUCAUGCCACAAGCUAGUGCAUGAACAAAACUUUCUUAAAAACCCUGUCGAUAUAGACAAUACUCUCUCUCCUGUUUUUACAAAAAUAUAUGACAUACACUUUAAUAUAUAUACAUGUAAUAUUAACAAUAUUGAAUACCAUGUUCCAUCUUGAUUAUUGGAGAACAAGUACUUACAUGCAUGUGCAUUAUGCCUAGUCAAUGUGCUUGAGACAAUUUUGAUUUUUUUUUCCCACCAGGGGAAAAUCAAUUUGUGUAAUCUGUAAAAAUCCAGCUCGAGGAAAUCACAUCUCUCAAGAUUUCAGAAAAACAUCAACAACAACAAAACAAUGCAUGAUGGGAAUGAAAGUGCAUCCCACUCAAGAAUAGAAUGGAAGUGCACUAUUACUGUCAAACAUAUUCAAUCCGUUCUCCUGUUUUGUUGUAAUGACUUGAAUCUAGUUUUCUAUCAGCAGUGGACAGUUCUGGUUAGUAAUGAUAUCUAUACAUUUAAUAGUUAAAACAUACAACAAUGUACCUAAUUUUAACUACGCUACAUUUGUACACUGUUGCAUGAUCAGAAUGACCUGUUUUGGAUUGAAGCCAUUUUACUGACCAGUUAAUGAACAUCUUAUCAUGAUUAUGACAAAAUUGCCAUAAACUGUUCAAAAUUAUAAUCUUUAAA